GCACUAUUAUUAAAUCAAUCAUUUUCAGCUGGUGUUGGAAAUUGGAUAGCAGACGAAACACUUUAUCAAUCGCGUGUACACCCGGCACAAUAUACAAAUACUUUAAGCGAUGAACAGAUUACUGCAUUGUACGAGAAUUUGAUAUAUGUUUGUCAAACUGCUGUAGAGGCUAACGCAGAUUCUAGUUUGUUUCCUUCUUCUUGGUUGUUUCAUUAUAGAUGGAGUAAAGCAAAUAAGGCAGGCGCAUUUAUGCCAGAUGGAGAAAAGAUUCUGUUUGAUACUGUUGGUGGGAGAACUACUGCAAUUGUACCGAGCGUGCAGAUUUUAAUUCAAAAUGCGCCAAGGAGUGACAGUUCUUAUACAUCAGCAAAUUUGGCAAACAACCGUCGGAAGCGAAUUACAGUAGUGGAAAUUUUACAAUCUGAAAAUUCGACCAAAGUUUCUUCGUCUAAACGUCGGCGCACAUCGCAAUCCAUUUCUCUCAAAUGA